UGAAUUUGUGUUAAUCUUCAUAGUUAACAUAAGAUAUUGCAUUGUAAUUGUAUUUAGUCAUUCAAAUUAUCUCUUUAGAAAACAACAUUAAAAAAACAACUAGUUAAGUGUGUCUGGCUGUUGUGUGCGUGUCACCCACUUUCCAUGGUGGAACCAGUUGGGCCAGUAUUGAAGAGGAAAGAAGGAGGUGGAGGGAGAGAGGAUUGGAUUCCAAUGCCUGUGGAACAGACAGAGACUGGACAGAGACUCACGAAGCUAUAGGAUUUCUCCUGUAGAAGUGACCCAGACCCCAGUGAGACCACCUCAGACCCCAGGCCUCAGACCCCAGGCCUCAGACCCCAGGCCUCCACACACAGAUGGAACAUGACCAGAACAGUGACCAUCCACCCCCAUACUACUUAGCAGUAGUGCCCACCCAGCCUCCUCCUCAGUAUGGAGAGGUGGUGGGAACAAGAGGGUGGUCUGACACCCCCUCCCAACCUUACUACAUCAACCAGCCGAUGCCACAUGCAAAUGUCAUCCAUGUCUCUCAGAGUGCCCCCCCUUGUCGUAAGAAAAGCUUAUCGUGUGGGAACAGUUCCCACUGUUACAGAGGAUCAGGAGAAGCCACCCUACUGCUUGUCUUCCUCGUUAUUGCUCUCUGGCUGGGGGUAUGUUAUGGCCCAUCCCUGGUGUCUGGCCACCUAAGCAGCAGUGAAGCCUACCAGUCCAGCGAGAUGGAGAAAGACAGCUGUCCCUCCAACACUGUGGAGUGUGAUGGCCAACAGGAAUGCAAACUGGGCAGUGAUGAGACCAAUUGUUUACGGUUCGGGUCGAACGGGGCUCUCCAGGUGAAGACAAACAGCGUUGGUAGUUUCCUCCCUGUAUGUUACAGUGGCUGGAACAAGGGCCUGGCUGACCAGACCUGUGCACAACUAGGCUUCAGAGCGAGUCAUAGCACUAGCAGUGUGAAAGAUGGGUCCUCUACCACUCUCACUGUGACAGGGCAGACCUGCAACACCAUCCAGGGAAAGGUGUCAGUAAAUAGCUCAUCUUGCCUCAACAAGGACACUGUAUCCCUGCAGUGUAUCAACUGUGGCCGGCAGCAGUCGUCCAGAAUCAUAGGGGGCUCUGCAGCGAAUCUGGGCGAUUGGCCUUGGCAGGUCAGUCUCCACUUUCAGGGCUUUCACACCUGCGGAGGCACCCUGGUGGCUCCUGACUUUGUGGUGACAGCAGCCCACUGCUUCCCCAGGAAAGACUCAUCGUACCUGGUGCCCAAUAACUGGCGUUUGUACAUGGGCAUGGUUUCUCAGACGAUGCUGCCUGUCCCUGAGAUGGUGGAGAAGAUCAUUGUCCAUGAGAGCUAUGAUGACAACACCAACAACUAUGACAUUGCCCUGCUUAAACUCACACAUUACGUAGACUACUCCAACAGCAUCCAGCCUGUGUGCCUGCCUGCCUAUGACAAGACCGUCUCUCCUGGGACAAAAUGCUGGACCUCUGGAUUUGGGACAACAGAGGAGGGGACAGCCCGUGGAUCCACAAGUCUUAUGGAGGUGACUGUGGACAUCAUUGACUCCAGUGUAUGUAACAGAAACACAGUCUACAAUGGCCAGGUCUCUCAGAACAUGUUGUGUGCUGGAGAUAUAAAGGGAAGCAAGGACUCCUGCCAGAGGGACAGUGGAGGUCCUCUGGUGUGUAAGGACUCAGACCAGCGCUGGUACCUGAUGGGGGUGACCAGCUGGGGGGUAGGCUGUGGCAGGAGGAACAUGCCGGGGGUCUACAGUCGUGUCAGCCGCCUGCUGCCCUGGGUCUACAGUAAGAUGCAGCAAGCAAGACCGUGAUGUGAUCACAGCUGCUCUCAUCCAAGGAUGUUCAGCAUGUCUUUUGGACCUGACAAUGAGACUGGUGUGAACCCUUCAACACUGGCAGGGAAUGGAAGGCUUGCAAGAUUGUUUCCCUGAAACAGUAUUGAGCAUAUCUAUAUUUGUGACAUAUUUUAUGAGGAAUGUCUUUUACUCACACUGCAACCUCUUAUAAAGCUAUAAACCUGUCUCAGGAUAUACUCCAGGUUCACAUGGACUUUACUGAUGCUACAGUGAACUACACUUGCUGUUUUCUAUGGCUGAGAGUUGUGAAACUGAAGAAAAUUUAUCAGGAAGAUUUUUCUAAUCACUUUAACGUAACACUAAUUACCUUAUGGCACUGAUGAUUCCUUGAUUGUUUGUUGAUUGUUUCAACUUAUGUACACUUUUUGGUGUGAUGUGUGUGAAUUAUCGAAUCUGUUUUUCCAUGUCUAUCACUGUGUGUCAAUUGGAAUUAUAAUUUAUUUUGUCAUUA